UCGUGUUGCUCUUGCUCUUGCGCGCGCCUGGUGGACGGUAUGGUACACGCCCUGGCAGCACAGCAAUCUGCGCUGGGCGUGGCUGCUGACGAGAAAUGCCGUCUAGCUCCAUCUGACGCCGAGCGAGGCCGCACCGGUCCGAAAUGCGGGUUCGGCAAGACUCUAUCUGCCGAUGGGGCCCCGCACUCCGUUCGUCCGCUCGUCCGCUUGUCCGCUCGGACUGCAGCGGUGCAGGGUCUGACGGAGCACUAGACUUCCCACGCUCUCGCCGUCUGAGGCAAGAUCAGCCAGCGAGAUGAGCAGCGCUUCUCGUCGCUCAGCAGCGAUUCUCGUCGCUCGGCUCUACAAGCCCCGAGCUGCAGAAGUGGCGCUGAUUCUCCUUCAGAAUGGCUUAAACAGCUGAGGCGAGAGAGACGUGAUGAGAUCGCGCUGCCGCAGUUUCAAGGAUGGCCCCUCCUCUACGAAUGAUCUCAACGCUGGCUGGGAACGCGUCGAUAUCGCCGAGAUCUCUGCCCUGCGGCCCUGGCUUGCGGCACGACAUGGCGAUUGCCAGAGCAAAUCACGCCAGAAGCUCUCUCAGUUGUCCUCGCACAAGAAAGACAAGUCCAGUAGAGGAGCAGCCGGGUGAAGAGACGGACGAGGCAAACGGACCGAUGAGAAGAGCGUGACGGAAGGCCGUCGAGCGCUCACAGCGCAUGCCUUUGCGAC